UGACGACUUGUUUUGCUGUUGGCUCGUUGAGCACGUGAGCGUGCGGCGGAAGACAGAGGAGCCUCCGUCUCUCUCUCUCUCUCUACUCUCUCGCUGUGUCUCUGUCUCUGUCUCGCUCUCGCUCUCCCUCUCUCUGUCUCUGUCUCUGUCUCUCUCUCUCCCCCCCUCUCUCUCCCCCUCUCUGUCGGCCUUCAGGAGGGGCUGAAGGUGACUCUCCUCUCGGCUGGCUGGGAUGCACAGCGAGCUGCUGGGGGUCCGUCCGGCCCGCUACACGCUCCUGCUCCGGGUAUAACGACUCACACCUGCGGGGGCUUUAAGCAUUAACCAAACCCGCGACCGUGCUGCGUCUGAGCGGGUCAUUUUCUUCUCUAUAGAGGACACAGCAGCUAUCAGAAAAGAGGGGCUUUCAUCUCUGUCUGCGUCUGUCUGGGCUCCGGUGGUGGGUGUGCAUGCAUGUGUUCUGCACCGUACGGGCGGAAAAAGCGCCCAAGAUCUGCAGGGAGCAUCUUCCCCACCGGUAAAGUGGCGCAGACGGAGCCGGAGCGCCGCGAGAGCACGGAGGAGGCCGUGGACGGCAGCAGGAUGACAGUGCAGGAAUUCAACACCCUCGUAGCGCUGUACCGGGAGCAGGUCAUAUCUGUCGGGGAGAUGUCAGCCGACUGUCCGUCUCUGCGGGCUCAGAUGCACCACACACGGUCCAAAGGAUGCUCCAUGGCCCGGGCUGCACACCAUGACCUCACUGUCAUCUCUGUGUCAGGUCUAGAGGAUGGAGAGAUCCACCCCGAGAUCUGUCGCCUCUUCAUCCAGCUGCAGUGCUGCCUGGAGAUGUUCAUAACAGAGAUGCUCAAAUCCAUGUGCCUGUUGGGGGUGCUGCAGCUGCACAGAAAAAGAACCGAGUCGGAGCCGAGGUUGGACUUCAGGGUGGAUGAAAGCUCGGACGCUCCCAUCCUGGAGGAGAGAUCCUCCUCCCCCAUUGACUUCUCUCAGGAGCAGUGGCUGGUGGGAAUGGAUAUUGAAAAUAUAGAGAGAGAUAUGCGAGAGAUGCGAAACCUACUCAGCAAACUCAGGGACACGAUGCCAUUGCCACUGAAAAACCAAGACGACAGCAGCUUGUUGAAUCUGACUCCAGACCCGCUGAUCAGACAGAGGAAGAGACGCUUCCCUGGACUCUGCUGCAUGGUGUCUGGCUGAGGGUCCAAGGGCAGCGCUGCAACACGCAUAGGGAAGGACUUUCACUUUAUCUGAUUUUGUGAUGUAUAUCACAUGAAUCCUAAUUCAUUCUAUUUAGUUACAGUAUUUCCCCCCAUAUUAUCUACAAUUGUAAUCUUGCAGUACCUGUUAUCCAAGUAUAUGCCAUUUGUCUUUUUCAUCUGGAUGUUAACUUUAUUUGCUGGCUGGUCAUUUGGUUCUUGAGUUCUGCGGCUCGCCUCGUACAGUUCGGUGCGUUCAGUGGGGCAACAUUUUGGGUUUGGUUGUUUUGAAACGUAUUUUAUGAAAAUAUAUUUUUCGAAGAGAUAGUACUUACACAGUAGAGUGCUUCAGGAAUGAGUCAGCAUUUUUGCACUUCCAGUUCCCUCGUCUCAAAGUCAAGGGUUUCUUCGAAUGGGUUUUUGUUAGAGCCCUAAGAUAAGGUCUGUUGUUACCACAUGCUUAAGAGAUUUUAACCUCUUUUUUUACUACAACAUUAAAUGCGUCAGUAUAUACCCCACUCUUGAAUUUGGAAUCUUUUACAUGUCUUGAAAAAGGCGGUUGCUAUCAAGUGGCAAAAUUAAACUACGCCGCCUUCAGCCGUAGUUGUGGUGAUGUUGUAGUCAUGUGACCGUAGUGUAGUUUGUUUAUACCCUAACGUUAGUUUUUCACUUUAUUUUACGCUUGCAAUUACACUUAUAAAUCAUAAAAGUGGCGUUCAUUUGUAAAGAUUAUCUUGCUGAUUUUGGAUUAUUGCUUUCUGCAAUAAUUCAAAAUCUAAUGUAAAUAUCCCAUUGGCCUUUUUCCGAGGGAACCGGGGCGAUGCUGACUUCCAGGUUUGCAGAGAAAAGCACGUCAUCCUUGCAGAUCUCUUACGCCCAGUGGAACGGGGGAAUAUUGAAGCCAAAGUGUUGCAUUAGCCUGGCGAGCUAACAUUUAUUAAUGGAUAAAAUGAAGCAAAAAUAUAGUACAAGCUAACAGGUACAGUACUAUUUGUUCUGCUGAGUCGGACCUUAAAGACACAGGCCGGGUUGGGCUUUUCAGUUUUAGGCCUGUGCAGGACUCUAUUUAGUGUUUUUGGUACUUUUUCAGCUGAGUCAUCUUUGCAUUUUCUUUUCUUUCUUACAUAUGCAACUAUCCCUCCUCAUCUUUCUGUUUUGUGCCAUUUUAUAUAAUAAAAUAAUAAAAAUGUACAUAUUCA